AUGUUACCAUGCGUUAACUGGCUGCAGCCUCUCCUCGCCUUGAUCUCCUCUGCCUUGCUUACACGAGCCAACAACUGUCCAUCCAGCUGUUUGUGUCCGGACCACCACACCGUGGACUGCACCGGCAAAGGUCUAACCAGAGUCCCAGACUCCAUCCCUUUGGAUGUUCGCCGCCUCCUGCUCUCCAACAACUGGAUUCCCUGGAUCCCCUCUGACUUCCUGGUCCUCUACAGUGAUCUGGUCUACCUGGACUUGAGGAAUAAUUCCCUCUCCCAGCUGGAGCCUGGGACCCUCACCACCUCGUCCAGGUUGGUCUUCCUGGACCUCGGGAGCAACAACCUGACAGAAAUCCCCUCGGGGACGUUCGGGGAGUCGAGAAGUCUGAUCAAACUGCGUCUGGGGAACAACCCCUACCUAACCAUGGUGGACAGGGACGCUUUUACGGGGCUGACCUCUCUGAGGGAGCUGGAGCUGGAGAGGAAUGGUCUCACAGAGCUGGACGUCAGUGUGCUGGAGUCCCUGCCCUCCCUCCGGAUGCUGCGUCUGGAGGGGAACCCCUGGCUCUGCAACUGCCAGUUUGCCAAGCUGUUCGUGUGGCUGACACAAAACCGACACAAGCUCCCAAAUGGCAUGGAGGGGAUCGAGUGCUCCCUGCUACUGGAUGGGCGUCAGGUCCCCCUCAGUUUACUCUCUGAGGAAAGUUUCCGGGAGUGCCGCGGUUCCCUCACCCUCACCGACUACCUCAUCGUCAUCUUCUCCGGCAUCUCCGUCUCAGUAGCAGCCAUCAUGGCCAGCUUCUUCCUGGCUUCCACAGUCCAUUGCUUCCAGCGCCUCAGCAAAGGCGGUAAAGGAGACGAGGAAGAAGGGAACGACUGA